AUGACGCGCAACGAGUACGAGGCUAUGACAGAUGCUCAGCGACGUGCUGCGCACCUCGUCGUACACCUGGAAUUCGCACUUGCCUCCUCCAUCCACCGUGCUGCCCACGCCGACGAGGUCCUGGUGCAUAACAACACGCAGGCUCCCCUUGAGGAGUCAACGCUAGACUUCCUACAGUAUCUGACCACGCAACCGCACCUGUUUCAGAGCUGCCGUGUGGAGUGGAUGCGCUUUGUGGAUGUGGAGUUCCAGGCGGAUGGGCAGAAGCUCUAUGUGCACUACACCUGCGAUACUCCGGUGCGCUUUAUCGAGCUGGCCACGUUUCUCAACCACAUCUUUCACUGCCGCAUCUGGAUGAAGAUGCUCAGGACGGACGAGCGGCAAGUGGGUGAUGGUGUCUGUAGCACCCGCCUCUCUCGUGUUCCCCUCACCCCUCCUCCCUAA